AUGGAUUCAAUCAUUUUCAAGUGUUUACUGCUCUGUCUUCUAAUUGCCGAAGUGACAAGUACCAUUUGUAUUUGUUGUUGUCCGACAAUGGGAUCUGGAACCUGUGGACAAACCGGCGUACCAGGUUGUUAUGCGUGUACAAAUGCAAAAUGUCGAUCGUCAUUCACGUGUACUCAAACAGGGAGCAGUGGACUGACAGCUACGUGUUCAGCAUCUCUUGGCCAUUACUUAUCGUUCAUAGCAUUUGCUCUCCCAUUACUGGUCUACUUGUACAAUAAUAGAGGGAUUCAAUCGUGA